AUGGUUUUUUUUAUUAUCGGUUUAGGACUUGGUGAUCAUUUAGAUAUUACUGUUAAAGGAUUAGAAGUAGAUUAUAAAUAUUAAUUAGGCUGUAAAAACAUGCAAGGAGAUUUAUUUAGAAAGUUACACAUCUAUUCUAGGAAUUAAUAGGUAAAAACUAUAAGAAUUUUAUGGAAAAGAAGUUAUUGAAGCAGAUAGAGAGUGUUGUGAAACUGGAAUAGAUUAAAUACUUGAAAAUGUUUGUGCAGAUCCUUAAAAUAAUUAUGCAUUUUUAGUUGUAGGAGAUCCUUUUUGUGCUACUACACAUACAGAUCUCUUUUUAAGAGCAGUAAAAUUAGGAAUAAAAGUAGAAGUGAUUCAUAAUGCAUCUAUAAUUAAUGCUAUUGGUUGCACAGGUUUAUAAGUUUAUAGAUUUGGANCUAGAAAAUGA